GACCUAUCCCCCAGUCAAACAUCUUCUGACUUCUGAGAGCUGGCUCUUGAAGGAAGGAUACUCUAUGGACGGCAGUUUUGAGGGACUUUGAGAUAGAAAGAAAAAAUGCCUAAGGAAUAUAUGGAUGAGUAUGAGCCUCUGCUAAAAAAGGGUAUUAAAGACAAAAAGCGCUUAAAGCUUCCAAACAUAUCCCUGCUACUGGCCGUGUUUGCUGCUUGUGUUGGAGGAACAUUUCAGUAUGGAUAUAACAUAUCUGUCAUUAACGCACCUACAAUGUACGUACAAAGCUUCAUUAACCGCACCUGGAUGGAGCGCUACCAAACCAACAUCUCACAGGAAGGACUCACGCUGCUCUGGUCCACCAUUGUGUCCAUGUUCACCUUGGGAGGACUUAUAGGGGCAUCACUAGGCGGCACUUUGUCUGUGAAGCUGGGGAGGAGAGGAACAUUGCUCACUAAUAAUGCCUUUUCACUCAUGGCUGCUCUGCUGAUGGGUAUAAGCUCUACUGCAGGCUCAUUUGAGCUGCUCAUCAUUGGACGUCUCCUGAGUGGAAUCAAUGCAGGCAUUGCCCUGUGUGUUCAACCUCUUUACUUGGGGGAAAUAGCUCCAACUGCAUUACGUGGGGCCACAGGGAUGGGAACUUCAGUCUUCAUUACUGGUGGAAUCUUAACAGGACAAGUUAUGGGCCUCAAAGAAAUCCUGGGGAAAGAAGAGUACUGGCCCAUCCUGCUCUCCACCACCUGCAUCCCUGCGUUUAUGCAACUCCUGAUUCUGCCCUGGUUCCCAGAGAGUCCCCGUUUCUUGCUCAUUGAUAAAGGAGAUGAGGAUGGGUGUAAAAAAGCCUUGAGGCAGCUGCAUGGUUUGGCUGACUCUGAUGGUGCUUUUGAGGAUAUCGAAAAAGAGAGGAACAAUUUGGUGGGUUUCCAAGCCAAGAAGCCUUGGGAGCUCUUCGGUGACCGUAGUUUACGCUGGCAGCUUCUCACCAUCAUACUGCUGAACACUGCUCAGCAGUUAAAUGGCAUUAAUGCUAUCUAUUUCUAUGCUGAUUACGUUUUCCGUCAAUCUGGUAUUCCUAUCGAUAAAAUACCAUAUGCCACUGUUGGCACAGGUGCCUGCGAAUGCCUUACAGCUUUAACAUGUGGUAUGCUCAUUGAAUGUCUGGGAAGGAAGGUCCUCAUCAUGGGGGGAUACAUACUGAUGAGUAUCUGCUCUGUUUUUUUCACGCUCACGCUUACUUUCCAGGAUGUCAGCCCAGUUUUUCCAUACUUGAGCAUGGCAUGUGUUUUUGCUUUCAUCUUGAGUUUUGGCUUGGGGCCAGGUGGUGUAACUAAUAUCCUGACCACAGAGCUGUUCACACAAACCGCUCGGCCUGCUGCGUUCAUAAUCGCAGGUUCAGUCAAUUGGCUCAGCUUCUUCUUCAUUAGCUUGGUUUUUCCCUUCAUUGUGAUUGGGCUACAGCAGUACUGCUUCCUGGUCUUCUUGGGAGUCUGCACCUCUGUGGCUACCUACAUUUUCUUUUUUAUCCCUGAAACAAAGAACAAAACCUUUGUGGAAAUACAAAAUGAGUUCCAGUCAUCUAAGAAGAAUAAGUUCUCCAGUUCAGAUGGAGCAGGGACUAUACUCUUAUCAACAUCCAUUUAAUGCUGCUAAUGCUCCUGAGACUAACUGUAACCUUUAUCACUUAUUGAUCUUUAUUCACUUCCACACCUGAACACCUAAACUAUCAAAUAGAUGGCACUACAUAGUAAAUGUCUAGAAAUAGAGAAAAAUAAGACCUUGUUAUAUCAUUAGAGGUGUUGGCUUAUACUACCUCUAUAAAGGGUGCUCUAUUUAAAGUUUUAAAUAAAGUUAAUUUAAUAUAGAUAUCCCUUCUUCCCACUGCAGCUGUGUGGUCGUUACUAAUCCCUCUGAAAUGCAUGUGGUCUGAACGACAGAAACGUAACCAUGUUUUAUAUUUGCAAGGCUAAAAAGUGCAUCAGCAAGUACAAUUACCGUAAACUGUGGUGCUUAAAAGUGUUAAUAAAAACAGAAGUGUAAUUUAUAAAUAAGUAGAAAUAUUUUGUUGCUUUGGCUGUUUAUGAAAAAAUAAUAAUAAUAGAAAUUGAAAAUA